GCGGUUUUACGGCGACGCGAGGACACACCUGUGAGUUUCUCAAAGUUUUCAUUCGAAUAUCUUCUUAUCGCGACACCAUCCUGUUAGUUGCUAAAUACUUUCUAUGCAAAUGGAUCGCCAGGGAUGAUCAUAGUUGGGAAUCGAGUCGUGCGAUCUAACACGGCGUUAUCACUUUUUAAAGAUAAUUACGAGAAAGGUGAAGAAAAAAACAAAAAGAAUGAUUAACCAAGGGAUUGUCCUAGUAUACGUCGAUGGAAGAUGGAGGGUUACGAGGAUGACGACGAUACACACUUUUGUAUCAAGUGUCACGCUACGAUACACGGAUUAGAAAAUUAUGUUCGUCAUCGUCAAUCUGGAUGCCGUCCACCUGACGACAAAGCUGAAACCGCACGAGAAUCACCCUCAACUCCAACCACUGUCUCUUAUCCAGAAAUACUCAAUGCAGAUGCUUUCUUCAGUUCGUUAGAAUUGCAGAGCAGUUCGAAACCAAAUCCUAGACGUACAAAUACUCUAUUAGAGAAUAAUAGGAAAUACAAGAGAAAUGAACGACGAAAGAAAGGUCAAAAGACACCUGCGGAAACUGAAGAUUCCAAAGAAAAACUUAACAGUAUGUUACCAGCUGAUACAGACUUGGACGAUCCCGAGGAACAUCUCUGCAUUCCGUCUUUCGUUGGGUUCUCCGAUAUCGUUACUUCAACCGCCAAUAAAUCUACGACUACUGUCAAUUCGAACAAAUUGAAUCAAUCGAUUAGACAUUCAACUAUUAACAUUGAAGGAUCGAAUUUUCCUAUCAAACACGAACCAGAACAUUCUUUAGAAGGUUUAGUUACUGACUCGAAACAAACCGAUAGGAAAAGGCCUGAAGAAAAUCAAAGAAUUGAACAAGAUCAUCAAACGUGGUUAGAUGAUACGAUACUAGCAGAUCUUGUUGAAAAUAAUGAAAAUAAAGAUUUAACCAGAUAUGAUGAAUUCGAGUAUCAGCAGGACGUAGACUUGAUGUUAGACGAAGAUCUUGCUGAGGAAGAAUCUUAUUCCGAAUCCGACGACGGUGAAGAUCAGGAAAGACCACCACGAGGUCACACAGGUGGAAAAUGGAAGCCUGGCUUGAAUGAUCUUCCUCAAAAUAUAGCUCAGUUACAAGACGACGAGGUAGAAGCUGAAGAUGAUCAACAUUCGGAACACCCACCUCCCAGUUACACAGGUGGCAAGUGGAGGCCCACGGAAUCAGCUCAGAAAGAUGAGGAUUAUCAGGGUAAGAAUACAGCGAGACAACCACCACCAGAACACACGCAAGGAAAAUGGAUUCCGGGUACACAAACGGAUAUCGACUCGGGAUAUUGGUGCAAUCCUUGCGGCAGGAAGCUUGCGUCGCGAUUGGUCUAUAACAGGCACCUUCUCUCUGACUUGCAUGCUCGAAGAAGCAUUCGUGAGAUCGACGAUGGUGUUCAUCUACCACGUACCGCAAGGAGAAUAUUGACGCGACGGCAAAUCGCCCUAGCUGAGAAAAGCAAACCUACACCCGAAGAUAAAGAAGUCAAGAAGAAUCCUCGUAAAAGAGAAAAAGAAGUACUCUCCUGUGAGAUGUGUCACGCUCGCGUGAGAAAAGCUCAAAUGGGCAAACAUUUGCUUUCCCAUUACCAUUGCCGCGUGGCAGGAAUAAAUCCUCAGAGUCCAAGGGCGCGUCGAUUUCUAUUGGAGAACAUGGGGAACGUAGUUCGCCAAUGUCCAUUCCAAUGUGCUUCUUGUCGUUUCUACUGUAAUACCGAAGAAACUUUUUUACUUCACUGGCGUUCAGAACUUCAUUCUAAAACUUUAGAAAAAAUAAGUGGAAGCUAUAGAUGCGGUUCUUGCGAUUUCUGGUGUGCUGACAGUAAAACAAUGGAGACACACUUAUUAAGCACGAGUCAUCGUGACGUAGUAUCAAUGAUGAACGGUUCGGUACCGGUGGUAAUCAGUCGUCAACAAGCAUUACCCUGUAGCAGCUGCAACCGUCAAUUCCGAUAUAAUCUGCAGCUGCGAAUGCACGUCAAGGAGACAGGACACAAGGAAAGUCUCACAGCAUCGGACGAGUAUCAACAACGUAUCACGUGCAGCAUGUGCCCCCAAGUCGUGAGGUCCUUGGUAUCUCUUCAACGCCAUCAGUUAACCUGUCACGUUAACAAGGAAAGCGAAAAGAACGAAUUGGCCCUUUCCACGCAACCAACGCCUUACUUUUGUUCUUUUUGUUCGAUGAACUUUGCUACUGCUCAAGAAGCCGUUCUUCAUAGAAGAACCUCAACUCACAAGGAAAUUGUUAAAAAACUCAAAUCCUCGUCUGAAAAAUCAUCAAAGAGAACACAUAAAAAUUGUCCGCACUGCGACGAGAAACAAUCAACUCUUGCAGAACACAAGGAACAUCUUCUGAAAAGGCAUUCAAACUUGUGUCACAGGUGUCCACAAUGCGGAAUACUCUUUGCUUUUUCGCAAGACGUAACGCGACACACCAGGGACAAUAAGUGUAGCAAGAAAAAGGAAGUGAAUGAUACUAAGUCAACGACAGUGGUAAAAGAAGAAUGGAAGUGCAACACUUGUCAUUUCUCGACGGAUUCACAAGCAGAAUUAAUAUUUCACGAGGUUCUUCAUAGUGACGGAGUUCAAUCAAACAAAGACAACAAAUCAAUAAUUAAAUAUCAGUGUCCUCUGUGUAAAAAAAGUUUCACCAAAGCGUCCCUAAGGAACCACAUCAGAAUGCAUACAGGUGAACGUCCAUUUUCGUGUGCCAAGUGUUACGUGUCAUUUGCAAGAAGGUCUGACUUGAAUGUUCAUCAAAGAAAUUGUUCCUCCGUUUCGAUAACUGGCUGGUCAGACGAGGUUCAUCGCAGAAGAAAUUUCGUCUGUUCGGAAUGCGACAAUGCUUUUUACACCAAGCACGCAUUGAGACAACAUAUGCUUCGACAUGCCGGUAAAAAGUACAAGUGUGGACUUCCAGGUUGUCCUACUGUACUCCGUACAGCUUCCGAGUUGAAGUAUCAUCGUUCAUUGGUCCACGACGAUGCAUCUACCAAUAGAAGAUAUCCCUGCGUGCAUUGUUCUUACUCAGCCAAAACUAAGACCCAACUACGCAGGCAUCAGGUCAGGCACGAAGAGUCAACGAGCGUGGAGAAACUUGGAUAUCAUUCCUGUCCUUACUCCGGUUGCACUUUUAGAACCAGACUUAGUUUUCAUCUACGCCGACACGUGCGGUUGCACACGGGAACCAAACCGUACAAGUGUCGUUAUUGUACUUACGCCUGCAAUAAUCUGGAAAAUCUUAGGAAACACAUAUUAUCGAAGACUCUGCAUCCAGGGAAAACGAUCUACGAGUGUGAAUUUUGUGUUACGAAAAAUACUGAACAAUUUUGCACGAACUUUGCCAAAGAAUUGCGAGCUCAUCUUUUGGACAAUCACAGUGACAAGUUUCCAAAUCCUGAAGACGCCAGAAAUUAUGUUCUUCAUUUAUUUGAGAUCGUUCCUGAUUUGGAACCGGCAGAUGAGCCCCAUUAAAUAUAGUUUUAGUUAUAAU